ACAGAAUCUGUACUGAACAACCAUGUCCAACACAAGGCGCCAUGUUCUCUCGCACCCUUUGGUGAAUGCACGAUUGUCCCAAUUGCGGCAGACUAAUACAAAUUCAAAGGAUUUUCGAGAGGGUAUCCAUGAUAUCAGCUUGAUCUUAGGCAUCGAAGCUUCCCGCGAUCUGGAAGAAGAGUCCUUUGAAGGUCAAACACCAGUUGGUCCUUUCACAGGUACAACUAUUAAGCCUAAGGUUGGGUUGACACCCAUUCUGCGUGCUGGCUUGGGCAUGACAGACGCACUCCUGUCCCUUUUCCCGACAGCAGCAGUCUACCAUCUUGGACUCUACCGAGAGAAGGUCAGCCUUCAACCAGUCGAAUACUAUUCGAAACUCCCUCCAGUCCCUCCGAUAGACACAUGUUUCAUUCUCGAUCCUUUGGUUGCCACCGGAGGCACUGCAUGUGCUGCCCUUGCCAUGAUCAUAGACUGGGGAGUUCCUAUAUCAAAGAUUAAGUUGCUGGCUGUACUCGGAUCAGAAGAAGGACUCAAUCAUGUGCACGCUGAAUAUCCUGAAUUAGAGAUCUGGGUAGCAGCCGUGGAUCCAACCCUCACAUCCGACGGCCUCAUAACUCCUGGAUUGGGCGACAGCGGAGAUCGUCUCUUCAAUACCAUUCGGGUGUAACGAUUGCAGCGAUGUAUCAUGAGUGUGUAAUCGAUGUCCUCUCUGGAUUAUGUAGUAAUGUCACUUCUGAAUCACUCAUGCUGAUCCUAUUUGUA